CGCAGAUGAUUGGCUCUAAUAGACAAGGAUUCUCGGUCUCGUUCAAUAGCGUCCGGGCCUGCAUCUCGGCCCUGCGUCUUAACUAUAUGCCCGAAAUUUGUUGCCUAGAAUGCGUAUAGAUAUAGUAUUUUGUACCUUUUUACCCAAACCUCCCCCCCGUCUCUCCCAGCCUGUACACUGAGUGACUGAACAUGACGUCCGGACUCCUCGUCUCGCAACUCGCCCUCUACGCCCCCCUAACACUUCCAACCCUCUACCUCGUCUUCAGCCAUGGCCGCCACGGCCUCCUCGCCUGGCUCUACCUCCUCGCCUUCUGCUUUCUUCGCGUGACCGGGGCCGCCAUGGGCCUCCACAACCCGCAUAACACCGGCGCCCAGAUCAUAUCCAGUAUCGGGCUCUCACCGCUGCUGCUUUCGAUAGACGGGGUGUUGCAUGAGGCGAGAAUCUACUGUUUAUUCCCAAACAAGCGAACCGAAUGGACGUUCAUGGCGCUCAUCCAUGUCCUCGUGGCGACGGGGGUGGUAAUGGUCGGGGCUGGUGCUGGCGGGCUUCUGAGCGAUACGCCUAAGCCCAAUGAUUUAUCCAAUAUCAAGGUUGGCAUGGUGCUGUUGGAGGUUGCGUGGGGGGUGCUCGCUUUGUGGGGGCUGUGGACUCGUUGGAAUGGGAGGGGUGCACCAGCGGGCUUGACCGGGAGGGAGGGGUGGUUGCUCCUAACCGGCACCCUCCUCGCCCUUCCCCUCGUCGAGAUUCCAGCAAUCUACAUGCUUGUCGCGCAAUUUACUCAACACGCGGACCUAAACCCGGCGACAGGGAGUUUGGCGGUUCGUGUUGUGUUGGGGUUUCUCCCCGAGCUGCUCGCGGCGAUGGUUUUGGUGUUUGUUGGGCUUAUGACCAGGGAAGUGGGUAAAGUCGGUGCUGAUGAGGCUAGGCUGGGGCAUGGGCAAGGGCAUGGGCAAGGGCAUGGGCAAGGGCGCCGACACAGACAUGCUCAUCAUGGACAUGGAAGGCGCUCGGGCUCGAAACAUGGCACUCGGUUGCAUUCGAGGUCACACUAGCCUUCGCAUUCGCACUCUACUGGGUGGAGGGGCUGAGGAUUAGGAUCGAAAUGGGGCGUUAUUGCUUGUGUUAUGGUGCGCUAUAUGCUGAAGGCGCCAGGCGUCAUACAAUCAAGUCUAUCACAGUUGUUAUAUGGGGGUUUGCACGAUGCAUGCGGAGGCUUGUCUCCGGAUAGUUGAGCCAGUCUCAUGGGGAAAGAGGGAGGUUAGCGAAAGAUGAGCCCCAGAGAGUGAUCAGGGUAGAGUCAUCCAUUGGUACUGUGACUUAGUAGUCCAUACGGAGGCGGCAGGUGCGAGGAUAGGCCCGGCCGGGG